AUGAAGAGGCCGAAACAACGACAAAGGAAUAGUGUGCGCUGUGACUCAUUCUUCCUUUCCUUGCGAAGGCAGUGCGCUGCGUGUGGGAGUGUUGUCUUGAAGCGCGGCGCCGCCAACUGCAACGGCGCGGCACGGGGUGGGUGGCUUGUCUUGUCUGAGUUUGCUGCCGCUGUGGAUGCGUCCGCACGGACACUUUGUUCUGCCCCAUCUUUGGGCCUUUCUUUUGGGUUGUGUGGCUUGGUGGCGACAGUGGCGGGGUGUUUUUUGCUUCCACUUUCAUGCGUUGCCGUGGCAGAGCCUUGCGGAGGCGUGCGACCUAAAAAAGAAAUGCAGAAUAUUGUGUGGGGCUUACUGGGUGGUGCGGUGGCCGCAGAGUGGGGCUGCCGCUUCUCCUCUUGCGCCGGGGAAUAUGCUGCCGCACUCUUUUUGUUGGCUGUGUCGGGGGCAAAUGUGCCGGCGUCUGACAAUCUGCAGGUUCCAUCGCCACGACGACUGAAGGAGGCGGAGGUGUCUGCGGCUGCCUUCGCAGGCUGCACCCCGUGCGGCCCAGUCGUGUGGCAAACAGUUUCCUCUCGGAAUUCACGUGCACCGCGCCACGUGCUGGGCGCAGCGUAUAUUUGCGUCGCAGGGGAUAAUGCGGUGGCGUUCAUUCUUCUUUUCGCGGGUGAACGAACAGGCGGCUGGCGUUCUGCUCCUUCGCACCUCAGCGAAUUGCGACACAAAAUACCACCGCGACGAGGCAGUCAAUUUCGCCGUGAGUGGGUGAUAUCUACGUGUGGCUACGCACACACGGAGUUGUGGGGAUCCGAAUGUCAUGUGCAAUACGAGAAGAAGAGAGACACCUCGUCGCAGUUGUUGUGUGUGCUGCGUAAUUUGCACGGUUUGCCUAGGGGGAUCUAA